CUUAUCUCUUGGUAUCUGACAUUUCAUCUGAGUAAUCUUCACAUUUUCUUCUUUUCUAUUUCUCCUUUUUCCCCGCUUUGUGUGGAGGGACUCAAUUGUUUCCAAUUGAUGUACCCGAGAUCUGUCUCCCUCCAGAGCGCCCUCGUCGCGUGUGGUGUUGACACUAUUGUCACCCCGCGGGCUCCACAACGCGUCGCGACCCCUUCUGGUCCUAGGCCAAACACACCCUCAAUUGCGUCUUCGGAUGAACUCAAAGGGACAAACGAGGAAAGAAUAACUCGUCGCCCCCUUGCAACACCCAUUCUUCGCAAAUGGACAACGAGGUCCCCCUCCCCCCACCACGGCGGAUUCGACACCGUUCGCCAUCCCGCCUCUCCCCCGCGGGCUCUGUCGCAUCGUCCUUCCGCAAGUCGCGCCGACUAUCGCGCUUUGACGAUCGCUCCAGCCAGCCAUCAAGUGACCCGGCGCUGUUCUCGAGCGAUGACAUUCCCGCGUCCGGACUGGAGAAUUACCAUGCGCCGGUAGCGGGCGCUGGGCGCAAGCGUCGAUACCGCGGGACCUGGUGGGGAGAACAGGUUGCGGAUCCGAAGCGGAAGAGGGCUGAUUUUAAGGAGAAGAGGCAUGUUGAUAGUGGUGUUUGGAUGGGGAGUGAUGAAUCUAUCGCGGAGAGUUCGCUGCCGUCGGAAGAUGCGUCGAAUUGGGGUGAGGAUCUUCUGAAGACGGUGCUGGAUCCGAGGGCGCCGAGUAAAGUCGCGAAUGCGCCUUCGCUUGUUAAACCGUCUGAUAUUGCGUCGGUUCCUGUGCAGCCUCGGCCUGUUGUUUUGCAGGGUCCGGUCGAGACGGAGGAACAUAAGUAUGCGAAAGCUGUUAUCAAUGAGUGUCUGGAGAAGGGCGAUGAUAGCGUUGAUCUUGGGAACAUUAAUAUGAGGGUUAUCCCUCUAGGGCUAUUGCGACCUUUACAGCAUCUUACCAAGCUACCUUCUUUGCACGAGGCGCCUGUAUCUGAAAACGCUUAUUUCUCGCUCCAACCAUUCCUUCGAAUCUAUCUCUCCAACAACUCCCUCACUACACUUUAUACUAGCGAGAUCUUCGAUCUGAAAGAUCUCAAGGUUCUCAGCUUGCGGAACAACAAGCUUACACGGAUCCCGGAGGCUAUCCGCAAACUAACCGCGCUGCAAGUUCUCAAUGUUUCUAUGAAUCGACUCCAUGAACUCCCAUGGGAUCUCCUAUGGUUGUUGCAGCAAGGAGAGUUGAAACACUUUACCGCCCAUCCGAACCCGUUCCCUUCAAUCGAUGAAUCCGGACCGGUCGAAUGGCACUGUCAAUUUGACAAGUCCAACGACGAAGAUAAAGAUGGAGAAAUAGAUGAAGCAGACGCUCCAGAAGUCACUCCCGUCCCCAUAUUCAGCGACUAUGAAGGCACACCUCCCAAUGAUGCAUGGACACCCAUCCACGUCGCAACAGGCCCAGUGACCCGCCUAGACAUGGAAGGCCGACCCCUCGAGCCAAAUACCCCAUUCAACACACCCUCCACAUCAUCCCAACCCGCAUCCCGAGCUCCCUCCCUCCGCGAAGUCUCUCUCCGCGCAAUCUCCAAACUCCCAGGUAUCGACCAACUCACCGAUCUCGAACUAGACGAGUUUCCCGCGCUCGUCAUCCCCUUGAUCUCGCUGGCUCGACAAGCCCGGCAAGAUGGCGCUCAACAUUGCUCAAUCUGUCAGCGAGAAUUUAUCGUUCCUCGUGCUAGGUGGACGGAGUGGUGGGACUGUACUCCUCAUGAGAAUGGUAUGAAGAGGCCGAGGGGUUCGGGGGAGAUGCUUAGACCGCUGCCUUUUAAGCGGGUUGGCUGUAGCUGGGCUUGUGUGCCUGGUGGGCAGUUUGUAGAAUAGUUUUUGUGUUGGGGUUUUUGGGGAGAUAUGGCCUUUUAUAUUGCUUUCUUGUAUUUAUUAGAUUUCGGUGUUAUAAUAGCUUGUUAGAGCUUACAGCCACUGUGGACAAAUGGUUAUGGAUGUUCAUUAUUUUCGA